AUGAAAAUUAAAUUUGGAAAUUGGUCGCCAGGCACUGGAUGGCGCUAUGACAGCAGAUAUACAAAUAAAUGGGAUUUCCAAAUAGAUCCGGAUGCCGAGACUUUGGAAGGACUCACGCUUAGGGUUGUUGUUUAUGUGGAAGAGCCGUUUGUGAUCAGGGCAGCGAAUGCAAUUGGAUACGAUGGCUAUUGCAUUGACCUUCUCAUUGAAAUGGCCAAAAUCCUCAAAUUCAACUUCACGAUAUUUGAAGGAGUCGAUGGGAUAUACGGCAUUGAGGUAUCUGCAUACUAUUUACAUUCAGCAGUCUUAGCAAACUGUGAAAUAGACCGAAGGAAGAAAACAGUCUUUCAUUUUGCCGUUUUGCUAGCACUGUGUAAAAAGAAGCUCCGAUAUAAAUCACGCAUGCUUUUUAAGCAGUUUUAUCAAGCAAUCCCUACCAACUGA